UGGGUCCUGGGUACCUGUGGUUGGCUUGGCACCCCCGCGGGAACAGGUACGAGGUCCUGCCUCGCGGCUCGCCAUUAAAUUCCUGGGAUCGCUGAGCGUCCACCAUAUCAUUUCCCUUGUACCGGAGAUCUUUGGUGUGCCAGUGUUGCAGUUUUAACAGCUUAAUAAGAUGGGGCAGUGGUUAUCUUGCCUCACUGACCUAGCAAACUAUGUGGCUAUCAAGCGCCAUCGGGCUGUAUUAUUCCUCCGACCCCCCGGUCAUCCAGAUCGAUUCAUGUCUCUAAACAGUCUGGCUGCCAGCCUUCGAGAGAGAUUUCGGCAGCGGGGCAUUACAUCUGACCUUGAUGAAGCCGUCGAGCUCCAUCGAGCUGCACUACUUCUCCGUCCCCCCAAUCAUUCAGAUCGAUCCACGUCUCUGAGCAAUCUUGGACUCAGCCUUCGAGACAGAUUCCAGCUGCAGGGUAUCGUGUCUGACCUUGAUGAGGCCAUCGAACUCCAUCAGGCUGCAUUACUCCUCCGUCCACCCGGUCAUUCAGAACGAUCAUCGUCUCUGAACAAUCUUGCACUCAGCCUUCAUGACAGAUUCCAGCAGCGGGGCGCCUUGUCUGACCUUGAUGAGGCCAUCGAGCUCCAUCGAGCUGCGCUGGAUCACCUCCCCCCUCAUCACUCGAUUCGAUCCACGCUUCUCGACGGUCUUGCUGGCAACCUUCGAGUCAGAUUCAAGCAGCGUGGCAUCAUGUCUGACCUUGAUGAGGCCAUCGAACUCCAUCGGGCUGCGCUGGAGCUCCUCCCCCCUCAUCACUCAAUGCGAUCAACGUUUUUGAACAAUCUUGCACUCAGCCUUUACUACAAAUUCCAGCAGCAUGGCACUAUGUCUGACCUCGAUGAGGCUAUCGAGCUCCAUCGUGCUGUGCUUGAGCUCCUCCCCCCAUGUCAUUCAGAUCGAUCCAUGUGUCUCAACGAUCUUGCUCACAACCUUCAAGUCAGAUUCCAGCAGCGUGGUAUUAUGUUUGAUCUUGAUGAGGCCAUCGAGCUCCAACGGCUUGCGCUGGAGCUCCUCCCCCUCCAUCACCCAAUUCGAUCCACAUUUCUUAACAAUCUUGCAAUCAGCAUUCGAGCCAGAUUCCAGCAGCGGGGUAUCAUGUCCGACCUUGAUGAGGCCAUCGAGCUCUAUCAGGCUGCAUUACUCCUCCGGCCACCCGGUCAUUUAGAACGAUCCUCGUCUCUAAACAAUCUUGCAGUCAGUCUUCAUGAUAGAUUCCAGCAGCGGGGCGCCUUGUCUGACCUUGAUGAGGCCAUUGAGCUCUAUCGAGCUGGGCUGGAUCACCUCCCCCCUCAUCACUCGAUUCGAUCCAUGCUUCUCGACGGUCUUGCUGGUAACCUUCGAGUCAGAUUCCAGCAACGUGGCAUUAUGUCUGACCUUGAUGAGGCCAUCGAGCUCCAUCGGGCUGCAUUACUCCUCUGUCCCCCCGGUCGUUCAGAUCGAUUCAUGUCUCUGUACAAUCUUGCACUCGGCCUUCACGACAGAUUUCAGCAGCAUGGCGCCAUUUCUGACCUCGAUGAGGCCAUCGAGCUCAAUCGGGAUGCAUUGCUCCUCUGUCCCCUCGGGCAUUCAAAUCGACCCGUGUCUCUUGACUAUCUUGCUAACAACCUUCGAGCCAGAUUCCAGCACCGUGGCAUCGUGUCUGAUCUUGAUGAGGCCAUUGAGCUCCAGCGAGCUGCAUUACUCCUCUAUCCUCCCGGUCAUUCAGCUCGAUUCAUAUGCCUGAACAAUCUUGCACAGAGCCUUCAAGAAAGAUUUCAGCAGCGGGGCAUCAUGUCUGACCUCGAUGAGGCAACCGAGCUCAAUCGAGAUGGAUCACUCCUAUGUCCCCCUGGUCAUUCAGAUCGACCCAUGUCUCUCAACAAUCUUGCUGUCAGCCUUGAAGAAAGAUUCCGGCAGCAGGGCAUCAUGUCUGACCUUGAUGAGGCCAUUGAGCUCCAUCAGGCUGCAUUACUCCUCCGACCCACCGGUCAUUCAGAUCGAUUCGCGUCUCUCAACAAUCUUGCUUUCAGCCUUGAAGAGCGAUUCCGGCAACGGGGUAUCAUGUCUGACCUUGAUGAGGUCAUCGAGCUCUAUCGGGCUGCGCUAGAGCUCAUCUCCCCGUGUCAUUCAAAUCGAUCCUCACUUCUCAGAAAUCUCGCAUUCAACCUGGAAUCCAGAUUCCAGCAGCGGGGCGUUCAGCCUGACCGUGAUGAAGCAUUUAGCUUGUAUUUGCAACUCUCCCACCUAUCACAUGCAGCAUCUCGCACAGAUCUCAGUGUUGCCAAGUCAUGGGCGGCCUUCGCAGAGACAGUCAAUCACGGCUCUGCAUUGCUUGCCUAUAAGACUGCACUCAAAUUCCUAGAUCAGCAAGUUGCUCUUUUGUCGUCUUCUUCGCAUCAUUUCGACGCCAUCAGGGAGGCUGUUUCUUCCCUUGCCACAGAUGCUUUUUCAUGCAGUGUUCGUCAUGGUGCGCUGACGACUGCGGUGGAGCUGGUCGAGCAAGGUCGUGCAGUGUUCUGGACCCAGUUGGCACGCUUCAGCACACCAUUCGAUGAACUUUCUGUUUCAGGUGACACUGGCACGGCCUUGGCAGAAGAGUUCAAACAACUGAGUUUUCGCCUUCGUAACGCAUUUGAUCAGUCUACUGAAGACCAGUCUCCGCAAAUCCGACAACUGACCAUGCAAUGGGAUGACGUCGUCUCGCGCAUUCGCAUGCUUCAUGGCUUUUCGCGGUUUCUCCUGCCUCCCCUGUUCUCCGACCUACAGAAAGCGGCAGAAGACGGUCCAGUCAUUAUUCUUAAUGCAAGCCUAAUAUGGCUGUGACGCCUUGAUUAUCCAUAGCACGGAAAUUCCCGUCCAUGUUCCGCUU